AGAGCGUGGGUUCCAGCGAGUUCUCCAUGCCAGCUUCUAAGGUUCUUGAGUUUUCAAUCCCAGAAGACACUGCAUGAAGCCAGGUGACCUCAGCCAUGCUCCAAACAACUUGGCCUCAGGAAUUGGUGACCUUCGAGGAUGUGGCCGUGUACUUCACCCAGAGCCAAUGGACCAGCCUGGAGCCAGCACAGAGGACCCUGUACAGGGAGGUGAUGCUGGAGAAUUAUGCAACUAUUACUUCCCUGGUAUCAUUUCCAGCCCUCAAACCUGCUCUGAUUUCCCAGCUGGAGAGUGGGGAAGCACCAUGGGGCCCGGAUCCCUGGGAAGCCAAGGUUUUGAGAGACAUCUGUUCAAGUGCUGAGUCCUGGAUAAAGAAAGAGGAAGCAAAUAUAAAGCAGGAAAUUUCUGAAGCAACUGAGUUCCACAGAAUGCCAGUGGAAGGAUGCCUCAGAAAUGUUUCUCAGCCCUGUGAUUUUAAAAGCAAGGCAACAAAGCAAGCUUUCAGUCCAAAUCCAAAUCUGAUACUUCGAGGUGGCAUGAAGUUUUAUGAAUGUAAAGAAUGUGGGAAAAUCUUCAGAUAUAACUCAAAACUAAUUCGGCAUCAGAUGAGUCAUACUGGAGAAAAGCCCUUCAAAUGUAAGGAAUGUGGCAAAGCUUUCAAGUCCAGCUAUGACUGUAUUGUGCAUGAGAAAAAUCACAUUGGAGAAGGGCCUUAUGAAUGUAAGGUAUGCGGCAAAGGUUUAAGUUCCAACACAGCCUUGACUCAACACCAAAGGAUCCAUACCGGAGAGAAACCCUAUGAAUGUAAGGAGUGUGGGAAGGCUUUCCGGAGGAGCGCAGCAUAUCUUCAGCACCAGAGAUUACACACCGGGGAGAAACUGUAUACAUGUAAGGAGUGCUGGAAAGCUUUUGGGUGUCGUUCACUUUUUGUUGUCCAUCAGAGAAUUCAUACUGGGGAGAAACCCUACCAAUGUAAGGAGUGUGGCAAGGCAUUCACUCAGAAAAUAGCCUCUAUUCAGCAUCAGAGAGUUCACACUGGGGAGAAGCCUUAUGAAUGUAAGGUGUGUGGGAAAGCCUUCAAAUGGUAUGGAAGCUUUGUGCAGCAUCAGAAGUUGCACCCUGUGGAAAAGAAGCCUGUCAAGGUGCUUGGGCCAUCCCUGGUGAGCCCCCAGUGCCCGUCUCCAACCUUAUCUCCUGCUCCUGUGCAGAGCGCAUGCUCUGUUCCAGCUGUGGCCGUGCCUUCACUGCCCUUUCCACAUGCUGUGAUCAUCCCUACCUCAAGACCUUUGUUCAUGCUGCUACCUACAUCUGGAGUACCUUCGUCACCUGUUCAAAUAGUCUGUGUCUUCCAGGGUCUUAAUCCCACUGUGAAGCCUUCCCCUAUUAUUCUGACGCCUGCUUCUCAUCCCCCAUGAACUUUGCCUUGGCACUCCUGUGGCUCUUAGUUCCAGCAAGUCU